AUGGUCUUUGAGCCAACGUGCAUGCCCCACAUGGAAGAAACAACAGUUCCAAAGACCAUUACUUGUACAUUUGCAACUGCCUUCUCUGGCCCUGAAUCGCUUUUGCGAUCUCAGACACUCUGUACCGAUGGUUCCAGUGCAGGUGGCCGGCUGCUCAAGAGGGCCAUAUUGACGACCUGCACGACUCGUCCGUCUCUUAUGUUGCCAGGAGAUGAUUACUUGAAGGCCCCAGGCAAACACCAAUUCCAUCUACCUACGCAGCAACGACCAGGCGGAUCCCCAGCUGGAGUGCUGUCGCGGCUGUUCCAGGUCUUUGUCUGCCAUCCGGUCAACCAACGACUCAAGGCGCGCGUUCGGAGAUUCCACUCAUCUCCGCCCCCAUCACUCACUGGGGCGUCCCACUACUCGCCUGGCCGCGUCUCUGCGACCCGCAUUCGCGCACACUCGUCAGCUGCCUGUCGGCGCCGCCUCGACAGACCUCAAUACCUCGAUACUCCUCAUCCUAGUCUUUUGCGUCCACUGUUAAUUCCCAGCCCCGGUUUCUCCUUGCACCACUGUGCCGAGCCCCCAGACCAGUUCUGGAAGAGCCAAAGUCCUCCUGCAGCUCCACAUCUGCCUCUACCUCGCGUCUGCUUCCUACGGCGCUUGGUUACCAACGUUUCGGCCGUUGAGAAACCGCUUCCUCCUUCUCUGCAUAGACCCAACCGUCCUGCUGGCUUAUCUUACUCUGCCUUGGGCGCAAGUACCGAGCCCCUGGGUGACGUCUCUUUCUGGAAAAAGCCCAAAGGGUUGAAGCUCAAGCGUGUCUUGUCGAACAAUAGACGCUCUGUCGAAUCUGCAUCUUCCCGGAUUCGUUCCUAUCGCAAGGCGAAUUCGGCCAAGUCAAUCGAAAUCUCUGGGUCUUCGUCCCCUGACGCUGCUCAUCUGCACAGUCCUACUUGUCAAGAAAAUCUUAAGCAUUCUCCCAUCGUUGUCCCACACUAUGAUCUUGUAGCACCGGAUAGCCCGAAAAGCCCCUGUACAUCGACUGGAUAUAGCUCUUCCCGAACCUCGACCGCUGUCUCGAGUAGCCGUCCCAGUUUUUCCGAUUCUCUUGAGCAGAAACGUACAUCUGAUAGCGAUUCCUCUAGUGCAAGAGCAAGGCAUGUUGAGAUUCUAGUUCCGAAGUGGGCUAUACCUAUACAACGAUUUUCUUCGACACCUAUCAAUCUUGACCUCGAAGAUCUGCAGACUCUACCGGGUGGCAAUCACAGGCCGGCAAGCAUGGCUACAAGCCGGACGAACACACUCGACUCGCAGACGUCUGCGCCAUACUAUAAUUCGAGCGUGAAUAGUAGCCAGACCAGCCUACAUCGUCAAGAUGGCCAAGAUACAGCACCUGAACGGCCGCCAGCUUCGACCGCCCGGACCCCGGGCUCAGGCAUGGCCCCGAGUCCUGCGAGCAUCGCAGGACUCGCGACUCCCACAACCUCGACAGCAGGAUUAUCUGGAUUGGUCUGCAAUGUCCAUCGUACCACUGGUCGCGAGCCCCAUGCGCUAGUCGGUGCGACGACCACGAUUUUGGGGGACAAACUAUAUGUCUUUGGUGGGAGAAGACUUUCACGGACUCGACCGCAACUUACAUCAGAUCUGUACGAGCUCGAUCUUGUCAAAAGACACUGGUCAAAAAUAGAGACCAAAGGGGAUAUUCCCCCUCCACGAUAUUUUCAUAGCAUGUGCGCGCUUGGCGACAGCAAACUCGUUUGUUACGGUGGCAUGUCACCCACGGCUGCCCAGCCAAAUCAGACAACUUCAGUAAAUCAGGGGGCUCCCUCAGAAGCUCAGCCCGAGGUGGUGGUCAUGUCUGACAUUCAUAUCUAUGAUGCGCCAACGCAGACGUGGAUGCAUAUUGCUACGACCGAGGCGCCACAGGGUCGAUAUGCCCACUGCGCAACAAUACUCCCAAGUUGUGCUGUAUUCAGCUCCACCAGUGCCGCAAUUACAGCUAUCAGACACAAUCCGGCUUCAUCCAACCCCAAUCAAGGCUCUCUUGGCGUCCAGUUGGACGGUGAUGGCGGCGCAGAGAUGCUGGUUGUCGGUGGUCAAGAUAGUGCAAAUCACUACAUUGAGCAGAUCAGUGUUUUCAAUUUGAGAAGUCUCAAAUGGACAGAGACAAGCACGCUUGGAAGAAGUUGCGGUGCUUACCGCAGUGUCGUAGCGCCUCUGACCAGCAUAGCACCACAGGACAUCGGUGCCGGAUUACGGCAGAAUAACGAGCCAAGAUCAUUGAGCGAACAAAAUCCGCAUACUUCAGGCGAAUCUUCAACGUUGAUCUACUCGAACUACAAUUUUUUGGACGUCAAAUUAGAAUUACAGGUACGACAUCCGGACGGAACCCUGUCCGAAAAGCCGAUGCAUGGGAACUUUUCUCCUCCUGGACUUCGGUUCCCGAACGGUGGAGUCAUAAACAAUCACUUUGUAGUGAGCGGGACGUUUCUGACGUCGUCCAAGCAAGAGUAUGCACUUUGGGCAUUGGACUUGCGAACACUCAGCUGGGGGCGUAUAGAAGCAGGUGGUAACAUCUUCAGCCAAGGGAGUUGGAACAGAGGCGUGCUAUGGAAUCGAAGGAACAGCUUUGUGAUUCUUGGAAACCGGAAACGGAGUCUGGUUGAAGAUUACAACCACCGACGGAUCAACUUCUCAAACAUGUGCGUCGUGGAGCUUGAAGCUUUCGGACUAUACGACAACCCACGCAAAGUGACCCCGGCGUCAGGAUUCACAUCUGUCAGUGCACCGCCUCAGCACGAUCGAUUGGAUAUGCUCGCUGGCGGACGCACACUAUCACCAGCAGCAGCGGAGCUUGGCCAGAUGGCUCUGGGGUUAAAGGAGUUUGCGGACAUGGAAUUCGUUGCAUUGUAUGGGGAGCGGAUCCCAGUCAACUCACACAUCAUUGCCCGUCGAUGGGGCCCUUAUUUCAAUCAGUUACUGCGCGGAAGUAUGCAAAGCCUGGAGAAAACGGAUGCAGAGACUGCAACGCUACGACCGACGGCCACGAUGCACCCUUCACGAAAUUCGAGCAUCACCAUCACACCAUCCAUCAGGACAAACUAUUCCGCAGCAACCACACUCACUGCAAACACCAUGACCGCUUCCGAGGCCACGGCCGUAUCUUCAAACUCGUACGCACAACUUAGCCCGCCGGAUCCCUCUUCCCAUACCCCGUCACUUCGACCACGAAGAUUAUUCCUUCCGCACACACAUCUCACACUGCAAGCCCUCAUCCACUUCCUCUACACCUCCACCCUCCCACCACAGAGCUCCCCUCUGUGCUCUCCCCAAAUCCUCUGCUCCCUGCUCCAACUCGCACGCCCAUACCACAUCGAUGGCCUCCUCGAAGCCAUCAUCGAACGCCUCCACCUCCUCCUGGAUAACAGGAACACAGCCGCCAUCUUCAAUGCCGCAGCCAUGGCAGCCGGCGGCGGCUCUGGCAUCGCCUUCCUCGGCGUCAACGGUGUAACCACCAACAGCGACUCGAACGGCGUUGCCGCGCCGGGCGGCAGCAACGGCGCCACACUUGACGACGUGGAGCGCAGCCUAGACGCCGGUCUGCGCGCUCUGCAUGUGCAUUCCGAGGGAGAGCGGUCGGAUGAUGAGUCGAGCUCUGCGGUGUCGGAGACGGCGUCUGCUUCUGCUUCUGACAGCGGACAUGGAGACGGCAGCGGGAUUGAUGACAGAGAGGUGUGGAACGGGGAGAUUAGUGCGGUGGUUGGGUUGCAGAAGCGUGGGCUCAGGGGUCUCAUGGAGGGCCGUAGGAUUAGGGAAAUGGGAAGGGCAAGGGAGAGGAGUAGGGAUGAUGGGGCUGGAAUGGGAAAUGGGGAUGGGGUGGGUUUGGGUCUGCAGGGGGCUUGA